UGUCCUAGGAGGAGCUGGGUGCAGAGCCGGGCCCUGGCAGCGAGCAGCCCCUCACCCCAGGCUGUGACACACAGAUGGGCUGCUCCAAGCUGGGCAGCUCAAACCAGGAGUAUUACCUGAAACUGGAAGAGUUGAAGAAUGCCCACUUGGAGACAAUGGCAAAAUUAGAAAGCAUGUAUCGGAACAAGCUGUAUUUACAAGGAGUACAGCCCUUGGAGAGGAACAACGCUAACAGUGCUACUUCCAAGGUCUGCUGUAGGCCAACCUGGGAGAAGAGCGCAUAUCAGCCUCUAAAUUUGCCCAGAUCCUUCUCUGACUCCAGCAUAAGCGAUCCCUUAGGCUCGGCUGUGUCUGGUGGGUCCGACAGAGAACUGUCAUCUGAGGACAGCUGUAGUGAAACCGGAUCAUUACUAUUUGCUAAGCAACGGAUUGCAAGGAUGUGGGAUGGCUUCUCAGUGGAUGACUACCUUCCUCCCAGGAAGCACAGCCUGCCCACUGCAGCAGCUUCCAGGACAACACGGAAGCAGAAGGCAUGGUCACCAAAAAUCACUGUGCCCAAGCCCUUCCAGAUGACAAUUAGAGAAGCCAGAAAAAAAGAACAGAAUGUCAAAUCCAAGUCACAGAUUGAAAUGGAAAAUAACCUACUGAAGAAGCAGCUGGAGGAAGAAGCAGAGUGUCAGAAAAAGUUCCGAGCCACUCCAGUGCCCGCUGCAGUCUUCCUGCCACUCUACCAUGAAAUUGUGCAAAGGAAUGAGGAGCGCAGGAAGUCUGUGAAGGAGAGGAGCAAACUCAGGCUCUUGGCUUCUCAGAAGCCAUUUAAGUUCAUUGAAAGAGAGAAGCAAAGGGAUGAAAUUAGAAGAAUGCAAUUAAGAGACCUUUCCACACCUGAAAAGAAAACAAAACCAUUCAAAGCAAAACCAGUUCCCAGAUAUGUUUAUAGCCCAUCGGUUAGAGACAAGCUACAGGAGGAAGAGCUCUACAGAGAAAUCCGGAUUAGAAUGAGAGCUGAGGAGCUGCUGCGAAAUGCAUCUCUGCCCACCAGCAGGCUGGCUCCCAAGGAUGUCAACAAGAAGAAGAAACACAAGUGUGCCGAACCAAAGGAAAUGGAGCACAAACCCAAGAUCCAACCCAGAGUUCCAGAUUUUGACCGACUACACCAGAAGUUUCAGAAACGGCUCCGGCAGAAGCAGCAGGUGAAACAUCUCACGGUCUGUGAGCCGUUCCAUCUCCGCACUCCGUACAUUGCCUCGAACAAGGGGAAGGUUUUGAGAGACAUUCAAGAGGAUGAAGAAAGGCUAAAAGAAACACGCUGGCCAUACGCCUCUCCAAGGCGCAAACCCCAAACCAGACAGUCGAGUGCAAAUUCACCUCUCUUGGGAUCUGGAGAAUCCAAGUCGCCAAGAGUCACACAAGCCUCACAACGAAGGCUGCAGGCCCUAAGGAAUUCACAUGAGGAAAAGAGAAGGCUGGAAGAACAACAGAAAAGAAACAGAACAAAGCAGAAACAAAGAACAAAAAAACUGCAGAAAAUUGUAAUGACUCGGGCUGAGGCCAAUGACCCCCAUCAGAGCCUCGCUCAGGUCUCUGAAUCCAAACUAAAGGCAUUCAGGAACUCCUCAAAGCAGAGAAUGCAGGAGUAUUGGCAAGAGUUGCAAGAAAUGGAAGAAAGAGUAAAGCAAAGGCCAUUGCUCUUGGAAAGAGUAACUCAGAGUAAUGCCAGAAUAGCUGCAGAAAAAUAUUAUUCCAACAGACUGAGAGCUCUGGGGGUAUGCCCAGACUUUGUUUCAAAGAAAGGACAAACAACUAACUUGCUAGAGUGCUACACUGCUGAAGAUUUUGAUGCCAAAGAAAGAGCCAUCAAGAGUAUAGUGGAAGAAAGGGAAUUAUUUGAGGAAGCAGACAGCAUCAGUCCUCAAUCUGAGCAAUCCUUUGAGGAAGAGAAGAGAACAGGCAUCAGAACCCCCAGAUGGGAUGCUGAAUCCGCUGAGAGGGAGGAAGAGGAAGAGACACAAGCCAGCCCUCAAGUUCAGCAACCUCACUGUGCAGAGGAGACCAGGUCCAGCCCCACCUCCAACCAGCACUGUGAAGAAGAAGAGCAGAAAGAGGAAAAGGAGGAGGAGGAAGCAAAGGCAGGCGUUCUGCUUGGACAUACCCUAGAGGAAGAGAAUGAAGAGGAGGAGGAUGGGUCAAGACCCAGCUCUCAGACUGAUCGGUCCCACGAGCAGCAAGAGGAGAGUCAGUCUGACCAUGAAGCCGAGGGUGCUUUCCAAUAUGAGGAUGAGGAAUAUGAAAGUGAUGAUUCUGAAGAGAAGCCCAAUGAUGACGAGGCUGACUGAAGGGAAGGCAGAUAGGUUCCACAGCACCAGGCUGCCCUAUUUCAUUGCUGGCAUUGAAAUAGACACCAAAACCAUGUCUUUUUGCUACCAAUAUUAAAAACUGUGAAUUUAAAACUCUUAGCUUAACAGUCUUUCCAGCACAGAAGCUGUGUUAAUUUUCCAAUAUGAAAGAUUAAGUUAUUCAUUGCUACCAAGAAAAAAAAAAAAUCAGGUAUUUUACAUUCCUCUUCUUUAUUCUGGACUUCAGUGACACUCAUGCACUUCUGUUCCUAAAAUGAACAGCAACCAGCAUUUAAAAAUGCCUUGUGUGCUGUGUUGUUAAGUACUGAGGUCUCAGCACGUCCAGCAGUAACUUGCUCUUGCCUCCCAGUUUCAAACACUGGGGCCCUUUCAGGUUCUGUUCCUGCAGUAUUGUCAAGGAUGGCAAUGAAGCAACAAAGGUUUGUUGUGCAAGACCUCAGGCUGUGUUUAGUAGAGCAGCUACAAGAAAGACACCCGCAGUCAGACAAAAUGGCCAAGUUCACCUGUUUGGCUCCUCUCUCCUGUUCACUCCCACCAGCAAGCUGGAUUGGCUCAGCAAUAGUCCAGGAGAGCACCAGGGUCAGAAAAGUAGGAGGUGACUGCUUUUGGAAGAAACAAACUGUUACAUGGGUCACUGUGAAUGUUUUGUGCAGCUAAUAUAGGAAUAAUAUUACUGUUACUGAAGGCUUGGCACGUAGAGGAGAAAAAAAUGCACUAGAAUAUAUUGAGAAACAUCAUUUUUAGUUUUCACUGAGCUCUAACAAUGACAGACAAGUGGGGUAGAAUAAAGUCAGUAGAAUAUCUUGAGGAAAAAAAAGCAUCAUUCUGCAGAUUGCUACCCAACCGAGAUAGGAAGUUGUGCUCUUUCACCUGUUUUGAUCCGAAGAGCUCUUUUGCAAUCAUGUAAAUCUACCAUUAACAUAACAAGUGCUGGCAUUAACCUUCACACGUCCUUGUAGAGACAGUCAAGGGAUACUGUGAAAAGAGAGCCUUAUGACUUCACAUAAACUCAUACCCCUACUCAGGGCUUCAGGUACCACUCCACAAAGAACACAGACUGGUUUGUUUCUGCCCUUGCUAUUUAUAUCCCCAGUAGCUUCUCCUACUCUUAGAGAGCUUUCCUGCUAACCUGUCAUAGACAACGUUAGGAAAGAAAACAACAAAACUUCCAUAACAAACAGUAGAGAGCAGAGCGUAACGUGGCAUCACACAGGCUCUAAAUAGUGAGCACAGUAUUUGUUGAAGUGAUCACACCUGCACAAGCAGCUGCAACAGCCAAGAGUAUACAUUUGGUGUUUCUGUGUUUGCUCUACUCAGGUUUCCUUCCACACUGUACCUGUUAUUAUUUAUUCCUCCUGACUUUGAGAAUCUGUGUCUCACUGUUUAGAUUUUCUUUUUAAUUUAUUUUUCAUGUGUGGCAUAACUAAUACAAAUUUGAACCUGUUGUUUUGUCGUCGUUUUUUUGUUUGUUUGUUUUAAACUCAAAAUCUC